AUGUUUUUGUUUUUUUGUGCAUAAUCGAAGUAAACUGGUAUGACAAUUUUCGUCAAAAGAAUUCCUUGUUCACGUAAAGAUAUUUACAUAUUGAGUUAUUAAAAUUUUCGUGUUCUACGAUGGGGGACGGACAAAGCGAAAACCAGCCGCUUUUAAGGGAUGAGGAAGUCAAUGUAAGCACAAUCUCUCCCAUCGGGCCGGACGAACUUCCACCACCGUAUCAACAGGCUGGAAUGCCUAUGGUGACUUGCCGCGUAUGCCAGUCGAUGAUAGAUAUCUCGGGAAAAAGGGAACAGCAUGUUGUAAAAUGUUCUGUGUGUCAUGAAGCUACGCCAAUAAGGAAUGCCCCUCCGGGCAAGAAGUAUGUGCGUUGUCCUUGCAACUGCCUGUUGAUUUGCAAGUCGUCAUCGCAGCGGAUUGCGUGCCCCCGACCUGACUGCAAGAGGAUCAUCAACCUCGCUCCAUCUCCAGUCACCCCACCAGUGUCAACAUUGCCUGGCAUGUGCCGAGUCAUUUGUGUACAUUGCCAGGAUACAUUUUUGUAUCAACGUCUAAGGAACGCACCAGCGCGGUGCCCCCACUGCCGCAAGGUAUCUUCUGUGGGCUCACGCAUGGCUCUGCGGGGCACCAUCUUCGCAGUACUCGCUUUUAUAUUCUUCGCGAUUGCUCUUGGAGUUACUCUGGGAACAUACAACUCUGCCAAGGUGCACGGAGGUGGCAUCUACGUGGCUUACGUUGGUGCUUUCCUGGUCGCAUUCUUCUUAGCUACACGCGCUAUAUAUUACUUCGCUAUGAAAGUAAGUACCAUCGAUGACCCGAUGUAAAAACAGGCUACCGGCAUCUGAUUUUGUGAUAGUAUGAUUAGGAAAUGAUAAAAUUAUCUCAAUUCCAUAUUGCGUUAUAAAACAUUGUAAAUUUAAGAUUCAAAUAACAGUACCAAGUUUACCAUUUUAUGAAGAACUAUGUACACUUUGUGGUUAACAAAUUGAAGAUUGACAAAAAUGUUACAUGUCCAAUCUAAAGUGAUUACGACCUCAUGACAUUUAUUGGUAAGUUUGAUAAAAAAUAUAGUUUUCAAAUAUUGAAGUUUUUAACUUGCAUAUGUUUAAUAUAUUUUAUUGUCAUAAUAUCAAAUGCUUCAUAAUACUUGUUGUUUAGAUUCGUUAAAUUGUUUAUUCCAUUUCAUUGCUUUUAUAUAGUCGCGUGAAUAGAUGAUAUAAUCUAAAGGGUAAAAAUUCAUUUGAGAAAAAGAGAUAUAAUUGAUAUUCUAAUAGACUGAUGUGUGAAUCCAUUUGCAGUGUUACCUGCUGUCAUUAUUUAUUUAUAUAUUAAUUAUUUUAAUUUCUCAUAAAUUUAUGAAAUGUUACGGAUUUAUUUUGCAUAGAAGGUUGUCAGUAUGUAUUAUUUCCUUAAUACAACGUAUCCACGAAAAUUAAUAAUAUAAUGUAUUUAACCGCGCACUUAAUACGAGUAUUUUUUUUUCAUUUAAAUUGUUAUGUCAUUGUAUUGACUAUUAUUUGGAAACAAUAAUCAGAAGUUAAAUUAAGAUAAAACAUUGUUAAGAAUUAUAAAAAUAUUGAGAUUAUUGUAGUCAUUCUCUUUGUUUUUCAUUAUCAAGGAAAGACAAAAGAAAAAUUAUCAACAGUCGAUUAGUGUGAUAUUUCUGUUAAAGCUGGGUACUUGAGACCAUUUUAUUUUACUUUCUUUUUAAUAUGCUAUUUUUAAAAUAAAUGAAUUU